UGUCAUUUGUCAAAUUCGGAAAUUCGUUUUUUCGGGUGCCAUCUUCGUUAAAUUUCGAUAAUAAUUUCUAUUAAUUUGUAUUGUGAAAACCAGAGUCUAUUAGAAUAAUUAUUAUACUUUAGUUUCCUUUCUGUAUCCAAAUAUAUCAUAGAAGAUGAAGCCUGGUGGUGACGGAGAUGAAUAUGAAGAACCCGAACAUUUGCGGAAACUUUUCAUUGGUGGUCUUGACUAUCGGACUACAGAUUCAUCAUUGAAAGAAUUUUAUGAGCAAUGGGGCGAAAUUGUCGACGUGGUUGUAAUGAAAGACCCACAAACAAAACGAUCCAGGGGGUUUGGAUUUAUAACUUACUCCAGGGCUCAUAUGGUUGACGAUGCUCAGAAUAAUAGACCACAUAAGAUUGAUGGAAGAGUGGUGGAGCCAAAGAGAGCUGUUCCAAGAGAGGAAAUUAAAAGACCCGAUGCUAGUGCUACAGUUAAAAAGCUAUUUGUAGGAGGAAUAAAUGACAGCAUAGAAGAAGAUGAUUUAAAAGAGUAUUUUAAAUCUUAUGGCAGCAUUGUAUCAGUUAGCCUUGUCACUGAAAAAGACACUGGCAAAAAAAGGGGCUUUGGGUUUAUUGAAUUUGAUGACUAUGACCCUGUUGAUAGGAUAUGUGCUCAACCAUCACACAAGAUUAAUGGCCGUCGCCUUGAUGUCAAGAAAGCUCUGUCUAAGUCUGAGAUGACUGGUGGACCCUCUGGCGGCGGCGGCGGCGGCGGUGGUCGCCGGGGCGGGCGCGGCGGCGGCGGCGGCGGCUGGGGCGGCGGCAGGCAGCAGGGACAAGACUGGGGCAACUCAGGUUACAAUCAAGGUGGUGGGUGGGGCAACCAGAAUCCCUGGGACAACUCCGGCGGCAACUGGGGUAACCAAGGCGGCUACGGAGACCAGAGUGGGUCCUGGGGCCAGCAGCAGGACAACUUUGGCACCGGGUACAAUCAGGGCUAUGCAGGUGGUCCCAUGAGGUCUAACUUCAAUAAUGCACAGCGCAAUCAGCCCUAUAAUGCAGGUGGUGGUGGCGGCGGCUACAGCACGGCCGGCGGCCAGGGCUACGGCGGCAUGGGCGGCGCCCCCGACGCCGCGCCCGCCGGGCCCGCGCGCCGCUACUAGCCGCGCCACCGGGGACCUCUUGUGUGAAGUUGCGCUUAUUUGAAGCUAGGCAGGCAGACGAUAGAAUACUUAGGAGAGGAGGUAGGCCACUACAUCUAGAAGUUAGUCAGGGAGGGCCAACACAAGAGGGACUUAGCAACCGGCAAAUCCUACACUCUAUAGUGUAACAUUUAUUAUUCAUGUCGAUGCGAUGUAAGGUUUGUUGAAGGUAAUUGUGUAGGUACAUAAUUUUUUUAUCUACUACUUCAUACAUUUUAGCACUGAUCACAGUUUUUACAUUGAUAUCAAUACACUUCAUGCACGGCCCAUUCACUUAUCAGGUUUGAGCUAUCCUAUGUCCUGUUUAAAUAUAAUUGAUUGUUUUCAUAUUGUUUAUUCCAAAAAGUUAUGUUAGUGUCUCUGUAAAAGCUGUGUUUAUAAACAAUAUAAGGUUCCUAGUUAUAAGUAAGAAAGAUUUUAUGUUUUUUAUAAUAACCUAUUAUAAUGUUGAGAAUUGACUGUUAUCGUCAAAAAUAUUAAGGAAACAUUCCAAAAAUAAGAAAGUAAUUAUAUAAUUUGCUAUAAUAGGAACAAUAUCUGUGCUCAAUGACAAAAUUUAAUACACGAUAUAAAAACAUUAUUGUUAGACAUAGGGUAGAUAAAAUGACUCAAACUUUCUUUUGUUCUUUGACUGAUUCGUGAAUUUUGCAUCUAAUCUAAGAAUACUGUAUUGUUUGCGUUAUAAUUCUAUUUUUAUGUUCUUGCCUUUUUCUUUUAAAUUUUCUUAAAUAUGGAGUGUUGACAUAGAUAUAAUUGAAGUAUUUUGUUGUGUGCAAUAACUGUAUGAAAUAAUCCGUAUUUUCCAUGGUUUGUUGACAUGGCCUCUGGGACGAGCUCACCCAUGGACACGGCCAUGGUAAGUUAUGCCUCAAUAAAACUAUAAACAUUUUAAA